AUGCCGGCCAACGGUCUGCAGGUGAUGGGCGCGGCCCAGAACGGCGCCGUGAUGCAGCUGGCCGCCAAACAGCCGCAGCUGCUUCCCAAGACGCUGGCGCCCAGCCUGCCACUGGCCAAGCAGACGCUGGCCGCCCAGCCGCCGAUGCUGCUGUCGUCGGGUCAGCUGGGCAGCGGCGCCGGCGGCGCCAUGGUGCUCACGCCGGUCAUGAUCCAGCAGCCGGGCGGCGGCACGCAGAUCCAGUACAUCGUGCGCGAACAUCCCAACCUGCUGUUCCCGGCCGCGUCGGCGGCCACCGGCGCCAAGCACGCGCAACAGGCGGCCGUGCUGCUGCCGACGGCCGGCGGCGGCCAGACUGUGCUUCUGCAGCACCCCAACCAGCUGCUGCAGCAGGCCAGCCCACUGCUGCAGCCCACCAUACGGCUGCUGGCGCAGCCCCAGAUCCAGCAGAUCCAGACGCCGAGCGGGCCGGCGCUGUUCGCGCUGGCGCCGCAGCAGCCCACUGUGCUGACGCACGGCCAGCAGAUGCUACCGCAACAACUGCUGACUGCUCAGCACGAGCUGCAGAAGCAUAGCCAGCAGCCAGGGGCGGCAGCGGCAGGCGCCGCCGCCGCUGCUGCCGCCGCCGCCGCCGCCGCGGCUGCGGCCGCCGCCGCCAGGAAGGCGGGCAAGAAGAAACGCCGCGACGAGCCGCCAGCCGGCCAGCCACAGAAGAAGGCGUUCGUCGACCUUGAGGACAUCAUGAAGAAGAGCGGCAUCUUCGGCGACAUGGACGACGAGCCGGGCCUGCACACGGAGCCGGCCGACGAGCCGGCGCCGGUGAAGGCCGAGGCGGCGCCCGACGGCCUCUCCUUCCUGCAGUCGUUGCCGGGGGCGGACUCUAGUGACCCGGCGCUGGACGCGUCGGCCCGCCUGGCCGCUGCGCCGGCUCUAAAUCACAGUACAAACGUCGACGGGCAUGGCGUCAGCUCCACGACAGGCCAGGUGUUCGUGAACGGCGCGACGUUCGUCUCGUCGCCGCAGCUGGCGCCCGUCUCGCUGAUCUCGGCGUCGGCCGCCCAGCCGGUGCUCUCGUACGCGGCGGGCCCCGGUCGGCCGCUGCUCUCUGCCACCGGCCAGCCCGUCAACGGCGCGUCGGUAGUGCUCUCGCAGGCCGGCCUGCUGCAGAACGCUUUCCUUGAGAACCUCAUCAAAAAUCAGCUGUGCGCGCGGAACAACAACAAGAAAAAGAAGAAGGACACGCUGACCAAAGUGCAAACGAUCCAGCUGUCCACGGAGAACCAGCAGGAGCUGAACCGGGUCCAGUUGCGCAUGCAGUUGCUGAUGCGGGCGGAGCGCUCGCAGCGGGACGCCGACGAAUUGAAGCGGCUGGAGACGGCUCGCCAGAAGAUCCUGGCCACCGGCCAGCAGGUCGCCCUGCCGGUACGGUGGUCCAUCCCCUCGUCGACGGGCGCGGCGGCGGUGGUGCUCUCCGCAUCCUCCACGCUCGCCACACCGUUCCUGAAGCAGCUGGCGUGCGACCAGCACGACGCGCUCCAGCCGGACACGGUGACGCCGUUCCGGAGCGCCGCCGACGUCGUCAAGCGGCUCUCGAAGUACCACGUGCUGCAGGAGGCGCCGACCGGCGACGACGAGUCGCGCUUCGACGACGACCUGUUCCGUGCGCGCGCCGAGUACAUCCAGAACAAGCGCAACAACAUGUACAACAAGUACCGGCGGCUGCUGCUCAAGGACAGCAUGCGGCUGCACCCUUCCUCGGAGAGCGUCCAGCUGCUGCGCUACCUGAACCAACACGACCGGGAGCAGCUGGACACGGAGCGGCGCGCCCCGGUGGUGAACGGGCACGCGGCGUCGGACGCGCCGCGGCUGCGGCUCGAGGACGACCUCAACGAGCAGGUGCAGAGCGCCAUCAAGAGCAUCCUGAACCUGCCGCGCCAGGAGCCGGACGGCGGCAGCGGCGGUGGCGGCGGUGUCCCGCUUGCCUCGCCAACUUCGCCGCCGGCGCCCAGCCGCUUCAACAUCAACGCGUCAUUCUUCAACGCCGACGACUCGGCCGAGGACAGCGAGGCGCUGGACGAAGCCGUGCGCAGCAUCCUCUUGUAG